GCAGUCCUAUUAUUAGCUACCCCUUUCUGCAGCCUAUUUCUUCACAAGAGGGGAAAAAAUGGCAUCGACCUCAAUGUCCUCCCAUGGGUCUGGUUCAUGGACAGCUAAGCAAAACAAAGACUUCGAAAGGGCUUUGUCUGUUUACGACAAGGACACCUCUGACCGUUGGUACAACGUUGCCAAGGCUGUCGGAGGGAAAACUGCUGACGAAGUUAAGAGGCACUAUGAACUGCUCAUGGCGGAUGUCGAGUACAUCGAGUCCGGCCAAGUUCCCUUCCCCUAUAGAGCCUCUGCAAAUUAGCCCCAUGGAUGUUGCAUGUCAGCUGCAAUAAAGAAGACCACCUGGUAGCAGUUAAUAUUAAUUUAUAGAAGAAUCGGCCAUUAAUGAUUAUCUUCUAAGUUUUGUUGUGUUCUUAUAUUCCAUAAUUGUACGAGGAAGAGGCACAUAAUUGUGAU